AUGUUGCGCCACGGAGUUUUGCUGCAGAUUAUCACUGCACUCCUGGCGCAGGCCGACGUUUCCUCGGCGACACCAGCAUCUCUACUAACUACAACCGACAUCCAACGUUUAGUGCAUUCGACCGUCGUUAGCCAGCGAAAUCUCCCCACAACGAGGCUGCUGAGGGUUCAUAAGCUCUCAAGCCUGGAUGACGAAGAAAGAGGCCUCCCCGUGUCCGGUCUCGAAGCAGUCGCCAACUCGGUCAAGUCCACAGUCUCCGUGGAGAAGCUCCGGGAGUGGCUCAAGAGAGGCGAGAGCACGGACGACGUCUUCAAGCUCCUGACGCUCGACAAGGCCGCCGACGACCUCCUGGCCAACCUCAACUUGAACGCCUGGAUCAACUACAUCAAGCUCUUCAACGAAGAAAACCCGACCCGGAAGGUCAGUCUGAUCGCCACCCUCACGGCCAAAUACGGCGACGACGGCCUGGCCAAGCUCAUCGAGGCGGCCAAGAAGGUCCCGAGUACCGAGGACAUCGCCAAACGGGUGCAGGCCGAGCAGCUCCAGAGCUGGCUGGCGGACAUGAAGACCACCAAGGAGGUAUUCGCUCUGUUGGCACUCGACAAGGCAGCGGACGAUCUCCUGGCCAGCCCGCUGCUCAACACGUGGCUCAGCUACAUGAAGCUCGUCAACGAGGACAGCACCAAGAAGACGAGUUUGCUCGCCACGCUCACGGCCCACUACGGAGCGGACGGCGUGUCCAAGAUGAUCGAGUCGGCCAAGCGCGUGCCAAGUACUGCGACGAUGGCCAAGCGACUGGAGAACGAGCAGAUCCGGCGGUGGAUCGCCGACGAAAUGUACCCGAUCGACGUCUUCACCUUGCUGAAACUCGACAAGUCCGGAGCUCAACUCUUCACGCAGCCUCAGGUAAACACUUGGCUCAAGUUCGUGGACGACUUCGGGAAGGCCAACCCCAACACGGAGAAGACGUUGUUCGCGGUCUUGCAGAAGCGCUACGACGAGCCGACGCUGGUGCAGAUGCUCAUCAAGGCAAAGAACAUCCCGAGCAUGGAGAGUGUCGCGGUUCGAAUCCAAGCCGAGCAGACCAAGUUCUGGUUGGGUGUCGACGUUGAAACUGCAAAGGAGCCUGCUAGAGUAUUUGAGCUACUCAGGAUUAAGGGCAAGGAUGGAGUCGCGCUGCUUAGCAACCCGCUAUUUAUCGCGUGGAUCAAGUACACGGACGAGUUCAACAGAAAAUAUUUCGGCACAAGGAAGACUGCGAUCCCGGCAUUGUUGAAACUCUACAAGGCCGAUGACCUCGCAAAGAUGAUCCUGGCGGGGAGCAAGAACCCAACUACAGCAAGACUGGCGAAAAGAAUGUACGACGAGUUGUUGCGGAGCUGGUCUGUGGAGAAGUUGGCCCCGGAGCUGGUCUUCGCGUCGUUGAAUCUCCACCUGACAGGGAAUAAGCUGCUUGAAAGUCCACUUUUCACGGUCUGGCUGAAGUAUUUGAUCGCUUAUAGCGACAAAAACCCAACAGUGAACGUGAGUUUGCUCUCGCAGUUGGAGAACAACUACAAAGGAGACAGGUUGUCGAAGCUUCUCAUCGCAGCGGAGGAUGUUCCCAGUACCAAGAGACUCGCAAAAGAUUUAAUCUCCCAGCGGCUCGAGGGUUGGCUGUCGUCUAGAAAGGAUCCUGUGGAAAUAUUUUAUCUGCUGGGCGUGCAAGGAACACCGAAAGAUGGGGUACCCUAUUUGCUCUAUCAGAAGUACAACGCAGCCUUCAAACGUCUCAAGAAGUAG